AUGCAAACUCUAAUGAGUCACAGUCACAGCCGUGUUGCUCCACUUCCAGGAGCCAUUACCAAGGAAGAAAUCAAAAACCAGUUAAUGGUCCACGAGCGUCGCUUCUUGAGCAAGCCAACUCGUAAAGAAGAAUGGACUGUUCUCCCACAAUCCGCCCACUCUAAGAACACCGUCAACCCAGUCCGUAGAAUUGCUGAUGCUUGCGCAGUGCCACCAAACCCAGAGAAAAAGGUGAUCAGACUUCAUCUUGGAGAUCCAUCAGUUGGAGGAAAGCUUCCACCAAGUGAGGUAGCCGUUCAAGCCAUGCACGAGUCAGUGAGCACUCAUAUGUAUGAUGGAUAUGGACCAGCAGUUGGAGCUCUUGCCGCCCGCCAAGCUAUCGUUGACCGAUACUCGAGCAGUGACAACGUCUUCACCGCCGAUGAUGUUGUUCUUGCCUCUGGAUGCUCUCAUGCUCUUCAAAUGGCUAUUGAAGCCGUUGCCAACGCUGGAGACAACAUUCUCGUUCCACACCCAGGAUUCCCACUUUAUUCCACACUCUGCCGCCCACACAACAUUGUCGAUAAGCCAUACAAGAUUGAUAUGACUGGAGAGGAUGUGAAAAUCGACUUGUCUUACAUGGCCACCAUCAUCGAUGAGAACACCAGAGCCAUCAUUGUCAACAAUCCAGGAAACCCAACUGGAGGAGUCUUCACCAAAGAGCACCUCAAAGAGAUUUUAGAGUUUGCCAACAAAUACAAACUUAUCAUCAUCGCCGAUGAGAUCUAUGGAGACUUGGUUUACAAUGGAGCCACAUUCUAUCCAAUGGCUUCUCUCAGUCCAAAAGUCCCAAUCAUCACUUGCGACGGUAUUGCCAAGAGAUGGAUGGUUCCAGGAUGGCGAUUGGGAUGGUUGAUCAUCCACAACCACUUUGGAGUUCUCAAUGAGGUCAAGCAAGGAAUUGUUGCCCUCUCCCAAAAGAUCGUCGGACCAUGCUCCCUUGUCCAAGGAGCUCUUCCAAAGAUCCUCCGUGAAACCCCAGAAGAGUACUUUGUGUACACUCGUAACGUCAUCGAAACCAACGCCAAUAUUGUUGGUAACAUCUUGGCUGAUGUCCCAGGAAUGCGAGUCGUCAAGCCAAAGGGAGCCAUGUACAUGAUGGUCAACAUCUCCAGAUCUGCUUAUGGAAAUGAUGUCAAUUUCUGCCAGAACCUGAUUCAAGAGGAAUCAGUUUUCUGCCUCCCAGGCCAAGCUUUCUCCGCUCCAGGAUACUUCCGAGUGGUUCUCACCAGCAGCACUGACGAUAUGGAAGAGGCUGCCACCCGCAUCCGCGACUUCUGCUUCCGCAACAUCAACCAAUUCUCUGACUCUGAAGAUAGCUCAGAUGAAGGACUCGACCUGAGUGCAAUGGAAUCCGAUUAG